GGACUUUGCGCUGCUUUUGUCUCCAGUUUUUCUUCUCCGCUGCGACUUUUCCUCAACUUUGGACAGAAACACAAACACGGAGCUCCACCUGUGCGGAUCUACCUGCUCCGUGUGCGCGUUACACCUUUAUGGAUUUAUUUAUUUAUAUGUUUAUAUAUAUUAGUGCGCGUGUGUCGGGACCCCCCCCCCUCCGCCCUCCAGCCGACCCACCGACCCUUCUCCGCUCGCCAGUCCGCCGCUCGCAGCUCCUCCCUCGGCCUCGGACGCAGCCGCGCCCCGCUCCUGUGUCCUGGAGGAAAGAAGUGCAGGCAGAGAGAGGAGAGAAAGCUCCGGGAAAGAGCCGGAAUAAAGGGAUGAAAGUUGGUGCGGAGGAGGAGGGAGGUUAGAGAGGAGAAGCGGAGCCGCUGACCGACUUCAGGACUGUUUUUUCCUCUUUUUAAAACUUUUUUCUGCUCCAGAUUUUCGGCCUCCAUCUUGGAAAGUUCCCCUGCAUCUCUUCAUCACUGUGAUUCAUCCGCAGGAAAAGUCUUCCUCUCUUUAUUUUCUUCUUUCUGGACUCUUUGGGCUCCAAUGAGGCGCGCGCGACCUACUGAGAGCGAGCCCAGCUGACGUCAGUGAUCAGUGAUCGAUAUGGAGGCUCAGAGGGCCCCGGGACGGGCCUCCUGCUGCGGGCUCCUGCUGCUCCUCCUGCCGCUGCUGCUGCGGAGCUGCUGCCGGGCAGAAGAAGAGGUGCUGAUGAACACCAAGCUGGAAACAUCUGACCUGCGAUGGACAAGUUAUCCUGCAGACGACUCAGAGUGGGAGGAAUUGAGCGGAUUGGAUGAUGAGUCGAACAGCGUGCGGACCUAUCAGAUCUGCACACCCGACAAUCCGUCCUCCUAUUGGCUGAGGACACGCUGGAUCCCCCGCAGGGCGGCGACCACGCUCUACGUGGAGAUCCGGUUCACCAUGAUGGAGUGUUCGUCUCUGAACCAGCGUCACUGUAAGGAAACCUUCAACCUGUAUCACUACCAGUCCGACAGCGACGAAGCCACGCCCACACACCCGGCGUGGAUGGAGAACCCGUACGUCAAGGUCGCCACGGUCGCCGCCGACCACCUGCUGCGGCGCGGCGGCGAGCGGCGCUCCAACGUCAAACUGCUGCGCCUGGAGCCGCUGCGGGGGGCGGGGCUUUACCUGGCCUUCCACAGCCAGGGCACCUGCAUGGCGCUGCUCUCCGUACGUGUCUUCUACAGGAAGUGCCCGCCCCUCCGGCGCGCCUUCGCCUCCUUCCCCGAGACCAUCCCCCACUCGCUGGUGGAGCAGGCUCAGGGUGUGUGUGUGGAGAACGCUGUUACUCCGCCCGGCGAGCAGUCGCAGCCUCCCAGCAUGCUUUGCGGUGAAGACGGGCAGUGGGUGGGGCAGCCGACGUCCAGCUGCGCCUGUCGCCCUGGAUACGAGGCGGGCGACACCGACGUGCGCUGUCGAGCCUGUCCGUCGGGUCAGUUUAAGGCGGGGUCAGGACCUGCUGGGUGUGGCCCGUGUCCGGCCAAUAGCAACACACUGAUCCCAGGCUCCGCCUACUGCCCGUGUCGCUCCGGGACCUAUCGAGCCGACUCCGACCCGCCGCACGCCGCCUGCACCCGCCCCCCCUCUGCUCCUCGCUCCAUCGUGAGUCAGAUCAACGACACCAUGGUGACGCUGGAGUGGAGCGAGCCGCUGGACCGAGGAGGACGCGCCGACCUCAGCUACCAAGUCCUCUGCUCCACCUGCGGGACCGCCGACAAGGGAUUGGCCGGUUCCUGUUCUCCGUGUGAUGACAGCGUUCUGUAUCGGCCGGCGCAGCUCGGUCUGACUCAGCGCCGUGUCGUCGUUUGGGGGCUCCGCCCACACACCAGGUACACCUUCACCAUCCAAUCACUGAACGGCGCCUCUGCUAUGAGCCAAUCAGAGCCGGCCUCCGACAGAGUCAACGUCACCACCAGCAGAGACGUCCCUCCUCCGGUGUCCGGGCUGAGGAGGGCGGCGGCCUCAGAGUCCAGUCUGACUUUAGAAUGGAACGUUCCAGUUCUGCAGAACCAGAACCAGAUCCUGGACUACCAGCUCCGCUACAGCCCCAAGGACGGCGAGGAGGCGGGGCAGUGGCAGUACGUGUCCAGCACGUCUUCUUCGGUGGUGGUGCCGGGGCUGCGGCGGGCGCAGCAGUACAUGGUGCAGGUGCGCGCUCGCUCGCAGGCGGGAUACGGGUCGUUCAGCACGGCGAGCAGCUUCAACACGCUGCCUGAUGGUGUGGGUCACUCUCAGCUGGUGGUGACGGCUGUUCUGGUCACCAUGGGGAUACUGCUGCUUGUCGCUGUGGUGAUCGUUGCCGUGUACUGUUACCGCAGGAGAAGGAAGGACUCAGAGAUGACUGAUAAGAGUGGACACUAUCAGAUGGGACAGACGAUAAAGGUGUACAUCGACCCGUUCACCUACGAGGACCCUAACGAGGCGGUGAGGGAGUUCGCCAAGGAGAUCGACGCCUCCUUCGUUAAGAUAGAAGAAGUGAUCGGAGCAGGUGAGUUCGGUGAGGUGUGCCGGGGGCGGCUACGGAUCCCGGGCCGGAAGGAGAACUACGUGGCCAUCAAGACGCUGAAGGGCGGCUACACGGACAAGCAGAGGCGGGACUUCCUGUCGGAGGCGUCCAUCAUGGGUCAGUUCCAGCACCCGAACAUCAUCCACCUGGAGGGCGUCAUCACCACUUCCUGUCCCGUCAUGAUCAUCACCGAGUUCAUGGAGAACGGAGCGCUCGACAGCUUCCUGAGGAUGAAUGACGGACAGUUCACCACCAUCCAGCUGGUGGGGAUGCUGCGUGGCAUCGCGGCGGGGAUGAAGUAUCUGUCCGACAUGAGCUUCGUCCACCGAGACCUGGCAGCUCGCAACAUCCUGGUCAACUCCAACCUGGUCUGUAAGGUGUCAGACUUUGGUCUCAGCAGGGUCCUGACUGAAAACUCGUCUGACCCGACGUACACCAGCUCUCUGGGAGGGAAGAUUCCUAUUCGCUGGACGGCUCCUGAAGCCAUCGCCUACAGGAAGUUCACGUCGGCCAGCGAUGGGUGGAGUUACGGCAUCGUCAUGUGGGAAGUGAUGUCAUACGGAGAGCGACCGUACUGGGACAUGAGCAACCAGGACGUGAUCAACGCCAUCGAGCAGGACUACCGGCUGCCGCCGCCGCCGGACUGCCCCGCCUCUCUGCACUCGCUCAUGCUGGACUGCUGGCAGAAGGAACGAGCCAAUCGGCCGAGGUUCUGCGACGUGGUGUCGGCGCUCGACAGGCUGAUCCGUAACCCCGCCUCCCUGAAGGUGACGAUCGCGGACGGACCGAGCUCAUCACAGCCUCUGUUGGACCAGCGCCCCCCCCCUUCCCUCUCAGCCUGUAGUUCAGUCUCCGAGUGGCUUCGAGCCAUAAAGAUGGAGAGAUACGAGCAGAGCUUCCUGCAAGCUGGAUUCACCAGCCUGGACAUCGUCUCGCAGAUCAACACCGAAGACCUGCUCAGAGUGGGCGUGACCCUCGCCGGCCACCAGAAGAAAAUCCUCUUCUCCAUCCAGACACUCAGGAUACAAAAAGCUCCGCCCACCCUGCUCUACUGACCAAUCACAGCGCCGCCUCGUCAUACUGUCCAAAACCACAACACUCAGGAUGCAUUUUUACUGAUUCAACCCAACUUUAUGACCAAUCAGAGACCGCCUCCUGAUGGUCAGACCGAUGAGAGUCCUCAGCUGUGACAUUAAGGAUGCACAAAACUUUCACAGCGACUCAGAACACUAAAUAAUGAGGAUUCUCCUGAUGCUUCAUACUUUUUAAUUCAGGUGCAACAACACUCUGUCUACUUUGUUAUUUUGACCAAUCAGAACCAGCCACAGAGAAGUUUUUAGACUUAAGCUAGCGCCCAGCUGGUAAACACUCAGGAUCAUACCAGCCAUCCACUGCUCAGGAAACCCAAAGAUCCUCCUACCUUGACCUGAUUGGUCACUUUUUAAUCCCUGAAAUCCCUUAAAAUCCUAGACUCACAGGACACCAACCAACCAGCAUCCAGCACAUAAAAAACAAAUUUUGUUCAAAUGACGCAUCUGAUUGGACGUGGAGACGUUGUAACUGGCCCCUCUGGCCCUGCUGUUACCACUAAGCCCCGCCCACUGCAUGAAAGCACAGCUGGGAUUGGUUCCCAGCUGUGUUCGUCACACAGUAACAGCAGGUUGGUGCUGUGCUGGUUGGAUUUGCACAGCAGAAAAACAGGAAUCCCAGCAGAUCAAGGACUGAAUGGUCUCUAUUGGAUUUUAUUGGAAAUGCAAAGAUUUGUUCUUUCAUGAUGUUUUUGUGUAAAAACAAAGAAAACUCUUCACGGGAUCAGUUGAUGGUCAUAACUAAAGCUCCCAAACUGCCACUGCCACUACGACUGCCAAAAACCGAGACAUUUAGGAGCGAAGGGACUUUUAUUUCGAGCUGGAAGGUGUCCGAGUGAAUUUUCAGUACUGUGGAUAUCUCCAAAUACUCUAUUAGGAGUAUUCUGUGAUUUUAUCUGAACACUUUUUUAGGAAUUAUUGUGGAUUUUUUAAAGAAUGUUGUGGAAUCUGCGCAGGAACAUUUCUGACUCCCAGAAAUUCCAAACAGACUAGUCGGUAAACUCAGUCAGUUUGGGAAUAUUUACCCGAGGGACAUCUGGAGGUUCUGGAGGGAUUUAUGUGGUGAUAUGCAAAAAGGUUCUGGUAAAGGAUCAGUGUCAUACUCUUCAUAACCUGUGAGGAAUAUUCCGGGGUCGCCUCGGAAAACAAUGUGGAACAUUUUGAGGAAAUCUUUGGGAAUCUUUGAGAAUACUGCCCACGCUUUUGUGGAAAUAUUUUGAGAACUUUUUUCUCAAGGCAUUAUCCAAAUUACUGUGAUUGUUCAGGUGAUGAAAUUCCCUGGAAUACUAGAAGACUUUCAAGAAGCCUUUCGGGAAUAUUUACGUCACAUUACUGAACUCUUGAACAGGACUACGAGUUUUUCAAACUGUGGUUUGACACCCACAAAUGGUUGUAAGUCCAAUUCUGGUGCUUUUUUUUUUUGAGGUUGUAAAAGUACUCUAUUUUAAUGAGCCUGUGUCCUCAAAAGUUCCCACACUGAGGGGUCUAGAACUGUUUUUAAACUUUAAAUUGAUACUUCAACCAAGAUCUAUCGUUUCAAUAUCAAACACUAAUCCUUGCAGAGUUGAAAGGUUUGUUAAGAGUUUGCAGUCUGGUAAAGAGUUGGUGCUCAGCUAGGAGUUGAAAUGGGGGAAAAAGUACUAAAGAUUUGUGGUUGAGAAUCACUUUAAAGCUUUUUAUUUUCAACCUUCUGGAACAAAACCACAGCAGAGAAAGAUUCCAGUUUCCAGAGAAUAAGCAGAUUUUAGCUGAUUCAACAAAAAAACAGUUUGAAGAAGUAAAAAGUAAUUUUAUGAUGUUUUUGAAAAGUCCCAGAUCCCUGAGUGUGGGAACUGUUCCAGGUUUGAGGACGUCACCGGAAAUAUUGGAACUAUUGGAACUAUUGGAACUAUUGAACUGUUAAUGGUUUUAUAUUUUAGCACUUUUUGUACCUGAUAUUUGACUAUGAUCAUGUUUUUAAGCCGAGUAGAGUGAUCAAUGUUUUUAUACUAAACAUACAUUUCAGGAAAAAGUUUCAUUUUGUAAAGAAAAGAAAAAUAACAAAAAAUAUUUGUCUCGUGUUUCAAAGCUCUCUGGGACGAAGGUGAAUGAGAGGAUCUGAUAUUCAGGACCAAAGAUCACGUCUGAAGUCAGUCAGUUGUUUGGCCCUCAGGAACAAGAGCAUGUGUCUGAUUCACCACUUAAAUGUCUGAUAAUUCCCCUUUGAUCAGCUCUAAAACACCACAUAUCAAUGCUUAACAUAUUCCCCAACAUGUGACAGAAGACUUUAAUCUUGCUCUGAUUCCGGUGUCUGGAGGUGUCUCAUCUGUUCCCACUGACAAACAUUCAUUCAUGUGAUAAGAAAAGUCUGAAGGUAAUUUGGACAAAACCUUCAGAAGUCUAAAAAUGUCACACAGUUAUCUUUAAGUUCCUGCUAAAGUAAAGAAUAUCUGAACAUUGCUGUGAAACAGUGUUUUCAAUAAUAGGAACAUUUUAUUCCAGUCUGCCUCCGUCCCGUCAAGAGUCGAGUUUACUAGAAGCAGUUAACAUGUUUGAUGUUUGACUGAGGAAGUGUAGAUUUCAGAGCUGUUAUUUCUAUAAAUAAAAUAAAACCUUCAACAACCUGUAAAACUGCAAACAUCUCGUUCACAGCAGAAGACAUUUUUCUGGCCAUUUAUGUGUCUUUAGCUCAGGAAGACAUCUUUUCUUAAAAAACGGCAACACUUUAUUUCACAGGUCCUUUAAUUUUACACUAAUUAACUGGAAGUUUUCUGAGUAAUUUGUAGGUAUUUAACAUUAAAUUUUUAGGAUAUUUUACAAGUUUAAACAGUUAAGUUGGUUUAUUUGGUGAUUUUUCUUUAACUGACAGAAAAUACUCAGUUUUCAUUGUGUUGUUUUGUGUGUCAAACUACUUAUUAGCAUGUUAUGCACAUAUAAUGAGCACAUUUCUCGUACACUACCAAAGUACAUAAUCCUUUCCAAGAAAUGUCCUAAGAAUGAACAGUUACACAGCAGCUACUUUUAGGAAAUUAUUGAAAAAAAACAAAACUACACACUGAAAACUACAUAUUUUCUGUCAGUUAAACAAUUGUCCAAAAGAAGGGGACCUGUGAAGUAAAGCGUUACCAAAAAAAACACAGUACAGCCCAAACUAAACCAUACCAGUCCCAUAACCCCACCAACCCUCCACUCCAACUCCUGCAGGCAAGAAUUCAACAGCACAUUAACAGUUAAUAGUGAGAGUUCAUACCAGAAAGUGAUCAACUCACUUAGAAACACAAUAUGAGAGAAAAAGACGGAGAAUUCCCAGACGUUCCCGUUAUUCCUCCCACCUGAGAAGCUCUGAUUGACUUUUCCAACCAGCUGAAUAAAUCCUAGAUGUGGGCAGUGAUUCAGGCUACUCCUGUACCCUCCGAGCAAGAUUAAAUAAACAUUUGUCAACCAAAUCAGGUCAUGAAUACGUUGUGAAGUGACCACCAAACCUUCUUUACUUUAAUUAGAUGCUUUUUAAGAACUUUGCAGCUUAUUUUCAGCCUUUUUUUUUACCACAAUAACUGAAAGAGCCGAGUGGAUCAGUGCAGAAACCCAGUAUGUCUGUAAUAUUUGACUGGUGAUCAGAUUAAACAUAACCUGAUUAAAUAAUGUGAUUCAUUCAGUUCAGCUGUCAGCACUACAGCACUACAGGGAGGGUUUCCAUGGCAACUCCCAGCCUCCUUUACUGUAUACUGGACUGAUGCAUGAUGGGGUCUUCACAUUGAAGGCUGCUGCGGUGAUGUCAUUGUUGUUGUUGAUUGGGGGAUUCAGGAGCAAACUGUCGCUGUUGGAGAUCAUGUGACCUGACGUUCACCUCCGGUCCUUUCACUGUCGGAGUAACGUCGUAACGUCCGUCCUUGUUUGUCCCGUCCACUCUGAGUUAUAUCUGUCAACACGACUUCUAUAAAUCCAUUCAUGAAUGAAAAUAUUAUGGUUGUUAUUAUUGAUAUAUAAGAGAAUGUCCACGGGUUGAAGGGGAGUCUCUGUCAGCCAAUCACAAUAAAGAUGAACCGUCCCGCCCA